UGCCGGCCCAGCCCGGCCAGGCCCGGCGGGCUGCGCGUUGACCUUGCAGGCGGUCAAGCCGGCCACCCCUUGUUUCCCGGCGCCGGCGCUCGGGGGUCUGGGCGGAGUCCUCGGAGCCAGGCGCCGCGGACACUGUCGCCCUGGCGAGAUCCGCGAGCCUCUGGCGAGGGAAGCGACCUCCGGCCCCGCGGAGGCCGAGCGUGGCCGCAUCCGGAGACAGCUCUGGCUCAUUCAUUGGGUUCCUACUGUGAGCUCCUGUACGGCGCUCAGCCAACCCAAGUACUGUUGAGUUCUGGGCGCGGCCCCGCUCGGCUUCUUUGUGGGUGGCCGGGGCGAGGUAGGGUCGUGCAGUGGUUCUUCAGGGACGGGAGACAGCUAGGACAGAGCCGACUAUUAGACCCAGACAGUCCACUCGGGGAGAGGAGAUCCAGACCUCCCGGAGCUUUGCAUUUUGUCCCAAUAACGACAUCAAGCCUGUGAGUUUAAGGUCCUCUCCAUUAUGGCCCGGCGUCCACGGAGCAGCAGGGCAUGGCACUUUGUUCUGAGUGCAGCCCGCCGAGACACAGAUGCCCGGGCUGUGGCUCUGGCCGGCACCACUAACUGGGACUACGACUCUGAUGGGCAGCACAGCGACUCAGACUCUGACCCUGAGUACUCCUCCCUGCCGCCAUCCAUCCCCAGUGCUGUGCCUGUGACAGGAGAGUCCUUCUGUGACUGUGAGGGUCAGAGCGAGGCUACCUUCUGCAACAGUGUACACACAGCACACCGUGGCAAGGACUGCCGCUGUGGUGAGGAGGACGAGGAUUUUGAUUGGGUCUGGGAUGACCUGAACAAGUCCUCAGCCACCUUGCUGAGCUGUGAUAAUCGCAAGGUCAGCUUUCAUAUGGAGUAUAGCUGUGGGACUGCAGCCAUUCGGGGCACCAAGGAGCUAGGGGAUGGCCAACAUUUCUGGGAAAUCAAGAUGACCUCUCCUGUAUAUGGCACCGACAUGAUGGUGGGCAUUGGGACAUCAGAUGUAGACCUGGACAAGUAUCACCACACAUUCUGCAGCCUGCUUGGCAGGGAUGAAGACAGCUGGGGCCUCUCUUACACUGGACUCCUCCACCACAAAGGUGACAAGACAAGCUUCUCUUCACGCUUUGGCCAGGGCUCUAUUAUUGGCGUACACUUGGACACCUGGCAUGGGACACUGACCUUCUUCAAGAACAGGAAGUGCAUAGGAGUGGCCGCCACCCGGCUGCAAAACAGAAGGUUCUAUCCAAUGGUCUGCUCCACAGCUGCCAAGAGUAGCAUGAAAGUCAUCCGCUCCUGUGCCAGCUCCACCUCCCUGCAAUACCUGUGCUGCUACCGCCUGCGCCAGCUCCGGCCAAACUCAGGGGAUACCCUUGAGGGCCUGCCCUUGCCACCUGGCCUCAAGCAAGUGCUGCAUAACAAGCUGGGCUGGGUCCUGAGCAUGAACUGCAACCACUGGAAGUCCCCUGUGCCCUCUCCUGGCACAGCUAUGCCUGGUGUAGAGAGUCCCGAGACCAGGCCCUGUCAGAGGAAGCGCUGCCGAAGAAGCUGACUUUUCUACUGGGAAUGCAACUACCUUUCUGUCCUCCAGGCCAGCAGGCGAGGGAAGAACUGAGACCUGUCUAGGCUUGUCGCAUCUUCCUGAGGCCGGGACAGCCUUCUCUGUUGGCCUGUGCUGGUGGGGAAGCAGCACUCCUGUUUGCCCUCUGAGUUGCCAUGUGUCUUGGGAAGAGCAGCCCAGACACCUCUGGACCUAGAUUACAAGCCUGGGAGGCUAGCUGACUCAGGGCGGUGUACUCACAGCCCAGGGAAAAGGAGAGGGGCUUUCCUGACCCGCAUUGUAUGUUGUCAGCUCCUGCUCCUGUUAUGUCAGUGGGUGCCCUGUGAAGGGUUUAUGUCACGUUCCCACAGGCUAUAACAUUAAAAAAGUCCUCACAAAGGCUG